AUGGGCGGCACCCGGCUGUGUUUACACCUACAAGUUGGGGCCACCAUAUUGUCGCCUUCUACCACAACCACAUAUACAGUCAUAUUGUCGCAUUCUACCAUAACCAUAUAUACAGCCAUAUUGUCGCGUUCUACCUCAACCACAUAUACAGCCAUAUUGUCGCCUUCUACCAUAACCACAUAUACAGCCAUAUUGUCGCCUUUUACUAUAACCACAUAUACAGCUAUCUUGUCGCCUUCUACUAUAACCACAUAUACAGCCAUAUCGUCGCCUUCUACUUCAACCACAUAUACAGCCAUAUUGUCGCCUUCUACCACAACCACAUUUACAGCCAUAUUGUCGCAUUUUACCAUAACCACAUAUACAGCCAUAUCGUCGCCUUCUACUUCAACCACAUAUACAGCCAUAUUGUCGCCUUCUACCACAACCACAUAUACAGCCAUUUUGUCACCUUCUACUAUAACCACAUAUACAGCCAUAUUGUCGCCUUCUACCAUAACCACAUUUACAGCCAUAUUAUCAACCUUAACUACAACCACAUAUACAGCCAUAUUGUCGCCUUUUACUAUAACCACAUAUACAGCCACAUUGUCGCCUUUUACUAUAACCACAUAUACAGCCAUAUCGUCGCCUUCUACUUCAACCACAUAUACAGCCAUAUUGUCGCCUUCUACCACAACCACAUAUACAGCCAUUUUGUCACCUUCUACUAUAACCACAUAUACAGUCAUAUUGUCGCCUUCUACCAUAACCACAUAUACAGCCAUAUUAUCAACCUUAACUACAACCACAUAUACAGCCAUAUUGUCGCCUUUUACCACAACCACAUAUACAGCCAUAUUGUCGCCUUCUACUAUAACCACAUAUACAGCCAUAUCGUUACCUUCUACAACAACCACAUAUACAACCAUAUCGUCAUCCUCUACCACAACCACUUAUACAGCCUUAUUCUACGUGGUGUUGUUUACACCACAGUGUUCUUCAACCUAUAAUGGACCGCCACACAUUUCCUGA